GUCCUGCGCGCAAAGGCGCGGCGCUGUGCCCCCUCACAACAGCACGAGGCGAACGGCGCGCGUGAGUGAAGGGGCGCCAACGCACAGGCCCCGCAGCCUCCCAGAGCCGGGAGAAGGCCGGGCGGGCGGCGCUCAGUUUCCAUGGCAACUGGUUGGAAGCAGAACGCGCCCGCCUACUCUCGACCCCCGUCUUCGCCGUCGCGCCUGCCGCCGCCAUGUUGAUGCUAGGCCGCGGGCUGGACGCCAGGGACAAUCAAACUAGACAAAUGCGGGAUGCUGUGUCAAAUGUGGAAAAACAUUUUGGAGAACUAUGCCAAAUAUUUGCAGCAUAUGUACGAAAAACAGCCAGACUGCGAGACAAAGCAGAUCUUCUAGUGAAUGAGAUACAUGCUUAUGCAGCAACAGAAACACCAAAUUUAAAGCUUGGAUUAAAAAAUUUUGCAACUGAAUUUUCCAAACUUCAAGAUUAUCGCCAGGCUGAGGUGGAAAGACUGGAAGCCAAAGUGGUUGAACCCCUGAAAUGUUAUGGGACCAUUGUAAAACUUAAGAGAGAGGAUCUCAAAGCCACUUUAACAGCAAAGAAUCGAGAAGCAAAACAGUUAUCUCAGCUGGAAAGGACCCGUCAACGUAAUCCAUCAGAUCGGCACAUUAUUUCACAGGCUGAAAGUGAAUUACAAAGAGCUUCACUGGAUGCUACUAGAACAAGUCGACAGCUGGAGGAAACUAUUGACAACUUUGAAAAACAAAAAAUAAAAGACAUAAAGAACAUAUUUUCAGAAUUUAUAGGAAUUGAGAUGUUAUUCCAUGGGAAAGCCUUAGAGAUUUACACAGCAGCCUAUCAAGCUAUACAAAAUAUUGAUGAGAAUGAAGAUUUAGAGGUUUUUCGGAGUUCUCUCUAUCCUCCAGAACAUCAGUCUCGUCUGGACAUAGUACGUGCAAAUUCAAAGUCUCCUCUCCAGAGAACAGGUUCAUCAAAAAAUUGCCCUGGAAUAGUUCAGAUUUCCAGGGAUCAGUUAAAAAAAGAAGACGAGGAAGAGGAAGAUGAUGAGGAAGAGGAGGAAGAGGAGGACUUAGAAGCCACAAAGGAUGAGAGAUAGCUUUGGAGACUAAAAGACCUUUUUUCAAAUUUGUUGAUGCUUGAUAUUAAGACUAUUAAAAUUAUCAUAAAAAUAAGAAACCUGUUUAACUUUGGGGUUUAAUAUAAUCUCCUCUAAACAAGCAGAAUGGGACAAGUUCUCUAGUUGUCUCAAUUGUACAAGACCAUGGACUCUAAUAACAAGCUACAUCUUCACUUAUAUAUCAUGGAAGCUGUUUUUACAGCUGGUGAAAAUAUUCGUGCACAACAUUCUGUAACAGUGUUUCUCAACCUUUCAUAUCAUGCAUCCUAGAAGUAACUAUCAAAGA